UUGAGACGAAAGAAAGAUCACAUAAGAAUCCGAUUAGAGUCGUGAAAAAUGAGAAUUAUAUUCCUAACCUAAAAGGCAUAUAUCUAUAAGGACAUGAUUGAUGAGUGAUACACAAUAAUUAAGAAAUAUGGCUCCUGAUCCCAAAAAGGGAAGCCUUGUAACCAUCCUGAGCAUCGAUGGAGGCGGGAUCAGAGGCAUAAUCCCUGCUAAAAUUCUUGCAUUUCUUGAAUCCAAGCUCCAGGAGCUAGAUGGAGCAGAUGCAAGAAUUGCAGAUUACUUCGACAUAGUAGCCGGAACGAGCACGGGAGGGUUGCUAGCCACCAUGAUCACCGCCCCCAACCACCAUAACCGCCCUAUGUAUGCAGCAGAGGACAUCAUCGACUUCUAUCUCAACCAGUGCCCCACCUUUUUCCCUGGCUGCGACCGGCAUAACGUGCUCAAGACUCUGAAAAAUUUAUUUGGGCCCAAGUAUAAUGGGAGGUGUUUGAGGGCGCUGCUCAAGGAGCAAUUAGGUGACAUCACAAUCAAGGAAACCUUAACGAAUUUGGUGAUUCUUGCUUUCGAUAUCAAGCGCCUUCAACCAGUUAUCUUCACCACUAAAGAUGCCAAGGAGAAGGCUUACAGAGACGCCAAACUGUGUGAUAUCUGCAUAGGCACCUCCGCAGCUCCCACCUUUCUACCGGCGCACUACUUCGAGACCGUGGACGAAGACGGCGACGUCACCACUUACGAUCUGAUAGACGGCGGCGUUGCAGCCAACAAUCCUACACUGAUAGCAAUAUCCCAAAUCUCAAACGGAAUACUGGCGGGAGAUUCGGAAUAUGUGGAGAUGGAGCCGUUGGACAGCAGCAAGCUGCUGGUGCUGUCGUUGGGGACGGGGAUACCGAAGCAGGCGGAGAAGUACAGCGCGGAGGGGGCGGCGCAGUGGGGUCUGCUGGGAUGGGUUUACAAGAAGGGCAACACGCCGCUCAUGGAUGUAUUUGGCGACGCCAGCUCUGAUAUGGUGGACAUCCACGUCUCCACCCUCUUCCAGACCCUCCACACCAAGAAGAACUAUCUCCGAAUCCAGGACGACACACUGUUUGGGGACCAGACUUCUCUAGACAUCGCGACAUCGGAGAAUCUGCAGGCGCUGGUGGAGGUGGCGGAACGACGUCUAAAGAUGCGGAUGUCGAGAGUGAACCUGGAAACAGGGCAGUUUGAGGAAGUUGAAGGAGAGGGCACCAAUGAAGAGGCUUUGAUCCGAUUAGCCAACCAACUUUCUGCCGAGAGAAAGCUUAGAGUGGUAGGCGAGACUCAUAGAACACUUGUUAUUCACUAACAAAUUCAUAUUUCGUCUCUCAAAAUGGACGAUUAUCAUUGCUAUAUUUCAUUACAUAAUUGUAGUUUCGGCUCCUGAUUAAGCUAA